CGUCACUUCCGGAACGCUUCCUUCGCGGAGCCUUGUGGGUAGGCGGCCGGGGUCUCCUGGCGACGACGAUGGCGGGGGAUGUGGGCGGUCGCAGCUGCACGGACUCGGAAUUGCUGCUGCAUCCGGAGCUGCUGUCUCAGGAGUUCCUUCUCCUCACUCUAGAGCAGAAGAACAUAGCUGUUGAAAAUGACGUAAGAAUAAACAAAGACAAUCUUACUGACCUUUAUGUCCAGCAUGCAAUACCAUUGCCUCAGAGGGAUCUGCCAAAGAAUAGAUGGGGAAAAUGAUGGAAAAAAAAGAGAACAACAUGAAAUAAAAAUGAGACUAAAAGGAGUAGCACUGUAGAUGGGUUAAGGAAAAGACCCCUCAUUGUAUUUGAUGGAAGUUCAACAAGUACAAGCAUAAAAGUGAAAAAGACAGAGAAUGGAGAUAAUGAUCGACUCAAGCCUCCCCCUCAGAACCAUGACUUAACGCAUAGGAAAAGUCCUUUGGGCUCCGUGAAGUCACCACCUUUGUCCCCUGUUGGAACUACUCCAGUGAAGUUAAAGCGAGUUGCUCCUAAAGAAGAAGCAGAGGCCAUGAAUAACCUGAAACCCCCAGAAGCAAAGAGAAAGAUACAACAUGUCACAUGGCCGUGAAGGAAAGUUUCCAAAAAUGUAAAUAUAACUGUAACUGUAGUUUUUGAAACAAGUUCAUAUAUGUUGACAGUAUUUACAGAGAUCCUGAUUAUUGUGGAAUUUUCUUAAGAGGUUUAAAAAUAGGUUCAGAAAAAUAAAGCAUUUCUUUUCCUUCC